AUGAUGCUUUGCACAGCUGUCCGAUGUUGCUGCUAUGUCUCAUUGCUCGGCGUUGCACUCCUCCUCGCCGCCUCGGUGGUCACCCGUCCUGCCGUUGGGGCGACAAUGUCGGAUACGCUUGCCGCCUCCCUUGCGGACGGUGCUAGAGGUGGGCUGAAGCUCGGCAGGUACGUCAGGGACAGAGUCGUCAGUGCCGUGCCUCCCGCGGCGCGGCCCCACGUUCAUCACUUUCUUGCAGGAGCGACCUCAGUGGCAUUGGUGGGACACGGACUUCACUCUAUGCCAGGACUUUCGGGUUCCGCUGCCGCGGGCUCGACACCGUGGGCAAAGUCGUCUGGGAUCACGGCUCCGUUGAUGAACUUUGUCACGAUUGUUACGGCACAGCCAGUUGAGAAGCUCUUCUACGCGUUGGGCGGUAUUCUGGUGGAGUUGCUGAUCCUGCGUCUGCUAGUGAGCUCGCCGCGGCUUCCUCUCUUUGAUGGGCCCAUGCGUGGCGGCAAGGCAAAUGCGCGCAGGACGCUGAUGCACCGACUUUUCUCAACCCAUGCCGGCUGGGCACUACUCGUCCUGUGCGUUGCCGUCCCCAACGGUGUGGUUGAGGCAGGGCUGAUUGUCGUCAUGCUUACCCGUCUGCCACUCGAAAGCUAUGCCCCAGCACUAGUGAUUGGCAAACUCGCCCAGCCCUACGUUGCCGCCGCGCUGCGCGAGCUGCCGUGUGUGCAGCGCCUGAUGCAAACGACACUCUGGUUCACGGCAGAGAAGGAGGCCGCCGCCUUGUCGCUGUUGCCGCUGCACAAUACGGUGGUGGAGGUGACGCUGUGGGUGGUGGUGGUGGCACUCGUCCUACUGUUCGCUGCCAGGUUUGUUUGGGCCCAUCCAGCCACGGCAGCCGACGAGGACAACGGCGGGGCCACGGAUGACCUGAUGAAUGACAACGACGAGAGCAACGAGGAAUAA